CCGAGGCCGCCAUGCAGGCUGCGCCGCGCCUCGCCUUCGGGGUCAUCGCCGACAUCCAGUUCGCCGACGCGGAGGACGGGUACGACUUCUACGGCUGCCGGCGGCGCUACUACCGGCACAGCCUGCGCUUGCUGCGGGAGGCGGUGUGGGAGUGGGCCGCCGAGAGCCCGCCGAUAAACUUCGUGCUGCAGCUGGGCGACAGCAUCGACGGGCAGAACGCCCGGCGCGGCGAGGCCGAGAGCGCCUUGCAGCAGGUGCUGGAGGUGCUGGGGCAGCUCUCGGUGCCCGUGCACCACGCGUGGGGCAACCACGAGCUCUACAACUUCAGCCGGGCGCGGCUGGUGCACACCGGGCUGUACAGCCGGCCCGCGGGGGGCUCGGACGGGCCCGCGGACAGGGAGUGCCACGCGUAUCACUGCAGCCUGGCCCCGCGGCUCCGCCUCGUCGUGCUCGACAGCUACGACACCAGCACCCUGGGCAGGGACCCCGGCAGCCCCCGCUACCAGGAGUCCCUGCGGGUGCUGCGGGAGAAGAACACCAACGAUGAUCUCAACAACCCCGAAGGGCUCAAAGAACCUAAUUUUGUAGCAUUUAAUGGAGGAUUUAGCCAAGCCCAGCUGGACUGGUUUGAUGAAGUCCUCAAGUUCUCUGAUGAAAACCAAGAAAAAGUUAUAGUUAUGGCUCACGUGCCCAUCCAUCCCUAUGCUUCCAAUGGGGUUUGCCUGGCCUGGAAUUACGAGGCUGCCCUGUCAGUGAUACACACACACAGGUGUGUGGUCUGCGUGCUCGCAGGGCACCUGCACGACGGCGCCUACUGCCGGGACCUGCACGGAGUUCAUCACCUCACCCUGGAGGGGCUCAUCGAGACCCCCCCCGACAGCAACGCCUUUGCAACUGUUCAUGUCUAUGAAGAUAAAAUGGUGCUGAAGGGAAGGGGCAGAAUUCCUGACAGAGUUAUGCACUUCUGAAACACCAGGCAAAGACACUGUUCUUCUGCAGGAAGGACUUGGAUGAAAAAUGGACAAAAAUGUCCAUUUUUGGAGAUUCAGCUGUUUGCUUUUAGAAAGCUGUGCAUGGCUGAUCCUUAUUGCUUUAGCUCAGGCGUUCUUCUCUUGGAUACAGAAUUUUAGAAACUGUGUUUCUGUAAGAGAGCACCUGAUUUCUUUUUGGAGAAUAGAGAAGGACAGUUAUUUAAAUUAAUAUACUGGAAUACAGAAUGUUGAAUUCCAACACCCAAUCCAGACUGGAUUGCUACUGUGAAAAGAUGUAAACCAUAUAACAAAUAUUGCUCAAAAAAAGCCCCUAAUGCUGUUCUCUAAGAGUGGAUUGCUACUGUGAAAAGAUGCAAACCAUAUAAUAAAUAUUGCUCAAAAAAGCCCUAGUGCUGUUCUCUCAGUGAGCAUUAAAGCAUGCAGAGUUGUACCUGCCCAUCCACAUCUCUAUUUAUUUAUUUUCUGUGAACAUUACAGUGAGGUCUCAUGUCUGGCAGAAUAUAUCCAGCCUGUAGCCUAAUUCAGUCUUCCAAGUUUGCUUUAAAAUACUAAAGUAAUCCUCAGAGAAAGCUGAGACCAUCUGUGCUGCACCAUGGAAUGCUGCAGAUGGCUCAGGCUGUGCUGUGUGUGCACAGCUGGGAUCACCUGCAGCAGUGCUGAGAGUGAGCUCUGACACCCAUCUAAAUAAAAGUGUUGUGUGUUACACCUGGAGCUGUCCUGGCUCUGUCCCAGCCAGAUCCUGAGUCCAUUUUAUCCACCUGUGCUUCUUUCUCCAGGAUGAACAGUGGGACGUGCUUGCUGCUGCAGGGCUACUGUGUGGGUCCUGCUUUCCAAGAAAAAUGAGGUGAGCUGCAGAGUUGGGACAGUGCC